AUGUCUUUUACCAUGACCGGUCACGCCAUCCCAAAGAUGUUUCCCAGACCGUUUCACAGCUGGGUUGGAACGGGGCGCAUCUUCAACUUUCUCUCCCCGUACGAGCGGAACCCCUUCAUUGCGUACCUCAACUCGAUCUACAACACCGCCCCGCUUUUCAAGUGGUCGCUCUCGGUCGUACCCCUUUACGGCAUCGUCUCCGGUAACCCGCCAGUGGAGAAGAUCGACUUCAACUCGAGCGCUGCCCUGUGCGCUACGGGUAUGGUGUGGUUUCUCUACGCAUUGCUCAUUCAGCCUCAGAACUCUGGAAGUCGCUCGUUGGCGCUGGUGAACGUCUGCUUGGCUGCGGUUAACGGCUACAACUGCUACCGUAGCGCGAGAUACAAGAGCCUCCAGGUGGCAAAGGCAAACAGCAUCCAGUGA